AUGGACACCACUUCACAGCGAGGUGCCAGUACUUCUGUCGGCACGUCGCAGGAAGAGCGGGACCGCAAUGUGUUGCGUCUCGCUCCUGAGAAGAAGGCAUGGAUGCCUCCUAAAUCAGUCAUGGAUCACUUGUCGGCGACGACGAGUGAUCGUUAUCGAACACGAUUGUUCUAUUCGUCAAGGAUCCAUCACCUUGACCCCAAUGCGAAAGACUAUCGCGCUGAAAAUGAGUUCUUCAUCGAUGCUUUCUUCACACAUCGAUGGUACAGUGGGAAUCACAAACGUGAUGGUCCCUCACUGCUUCAAGCGUGGAACGCCUACAUCCAUAACCUGGAGGAUGUGGGUCGUGACGCUUAG